AUGCAGAUCUUCGUCAAGACUCUCACUGGCAAGACCAUCACCCUUGAGGUCGAGUCUUCCGACACCAUCGACAACGUCAAGACCAAGAUCCAGGACAAGGAGGGCAUUCCCCCGGAUCAGCAGCGGUUGAUCUUCGCUGGCAAGCAACUUGAGGACGGCCGCACUCUGUCCGACUACAACAUCCAGAAGGAGUCCACUCUCCACCUUGUUCUCCGUCUCCGUGGUGGAAUGCAGAUUUUCGUCAAGACCCUUACCGGCAAGACCAUCACCCUUGAGGUGGAGUCUUCUGAUACCAUCGACAAUGUGAAGACCAAGAUCCAAGAUAAGGAGGGUAUCCCUCCGGACCAGCAGCGUCUCAUCUUUGCUGGAAAGCAGCUUGAGGAUGGGCGCACCCUUUCCGACUACAACAUCCAGAAGGAAUCUACCCUUCACUUGGUUCUCCGUCUCCGUGGUGGUAUGCAAAUCUUUGUCAAGACUCUUACCGGUAAAACCAUUACGCUUGAGGUUGAAUCGUCAGACACCAUCGACAAUGUGAAGACAAAGAUUCAAGACAAGGAGGGAAUUCCCCCGGACCAGCAACGUCUGAUUUUCGCUGGCAAGCAGCUUGAGGACGGCCGGACCCUGAGCGACUACAACAUUCAAAAGGAAAGCACGCUGCAUCUGGUUCUCCGGUUGCGUGGUGGUAUGCAGAUUUUCGUCAAGACCCUGACGGGUAAGACAAUUACGCUGGAGGUGGAGUCUUCGGAUACGAUUGACAAUGUCAAGACGAAGAUUCAGGACAAGGAGGGUAUCCCGCCCGACCAGCAGCGACUGAUUUUUGCGGGUAAGCAGCUUGAGGAUGGUCGUACUCUGUCUGACUACAAUAUCCAAAAGGAGAGCACCCUGCACUUGGUGCUGCGUCUUCGUGGUGGACAGUAG